AUGAGCAUACACAUCCCUCCCACUCUUGUGCAGCUGGCCAUGCAGAAGCUCCUGAGGAAUGAUGCCUUGGCCAUCUCUGCUCUGGAGACCCUGCCAAUUGAGCUCCUCCCACUGUUCAAGCACUCCUUCAAUGGCAGACAGACAAAGAUAUUGAAGGCAAUGGUGGCAGCCUGGUCCUUUCCCUGCCUCCCUGUGGAGGUACUGAUGAAGACUGUUGAAGUGGAGACCUUGCAAGCUCUGCUGGAUGGCAUCGAUAUUCUGCUGGUACAGAAGGCUCAUCCCAGGUGUAAGCUUCAAGUGCUCAACUUAAGGAAUGUGCACCAGGAUUUCUGGGAUUUGUGGGCUGGAGGAGAGAAUGGGACCAGUUCAUCAGAGAUUGUCAGGGAAAAGAAGCAAGUAGCAAAGUGCAUUCAAAGAUAUGCCCAGAGGUGGCAUUUGAAGGUGGUCACUGAACUCCGCCUCUACUUCCAGCUGGAAGAACACCAAAGGUUCUUGUUGCAGAUUGUAAAUACAUUUACAGACACAGAGAAGUGUGUCUCCACAUUCCUUGCUAAGUUCUCCAAACUAAACUGUCUCCAGCAUCUCUACAUGAAUGGCAUCUACCUUUCCACUGACCCCAUGAAAAAGUUGUUCAGAUUUGAAACCCUUGUCAUGAUGUCAGAGUCUCUGGCAACUAAAAUUUCUGGACAUCAGUGGUAUCUUGUGUUAUCCACGUCCCAUCCCACAGGUCUCCGACUUCUCCUAGAGAAUGUAGCAGGCACUCUGCAGACACUGGAGUUACAGCACUGCAGCAUGGAGGACUCACACCUCAGUGUCCUGCGGCCUUCCCUGAGCCAGUGCUCCCAACUUACCAGAGUCAAUUUCUAUGACAACCUCUUCUCCACUGCUGCACUGAAGGACUUUCUGCAAUGCAUGGUCGAUCUAAACAAGCUGACAGUAGAGCUGUACCCUGCCCCUCGAGAGUGCUAUGAUCACUGGAGUCAUAUCCUUGUGGAAACAUUUGACCGACUAUAUUCUGGGCUACUGGAUAUACUCAUGGCCAAAAGAAAAUCCAAGACAAUCGUCUUUGCUACAGCCAUGUGCUUUAAAUGUAAACAGCGCCGUGUCUAUGACAGGAAGACCAGACUUUGUCAGCGUUGGCAGUAA